ACCUUAAGAAAACCAUAUAUAUAUUACUUUUUAGAUGAUUUUAGGCUUUUUAUUUUUUUGUUUGAUACGUAAAAGAUCCUCACCCAAAUCUCCACCUAAUAAACUUUCUUAUUGUCUAUCUUCUCUUAAAUUUCAAUUCAAUCAAUCUCUCAAGAAAGAGUUUAUUUUUCUGCCUCUUUUUGUUACCCUAAAUUUUGGAAUAAAUUUCUAUCUUCAUACCGCAAUAAUUCAAAGAACAAGACUGGUUUUUAUUUAUUUAUUUCAAAGUCUUGAUUUUUGUAUCUGGGUUUUUAAAAUUAAGCCCAACAAAUGUAUCAUCUGAACAUAUCGUUAAGGAUCUGAGCUAGACCCAUCAAGUUCUUUUGAGGAUAUUUGAUCUGAUUUUGGAGGGGAGCUGAGGGAACUAAGUGGCAUGUGAAUUGCACGCGGUGAGGAUGCCAGAAUUGCGAAGUGGAGCCCGGAGGUCGAAACACCUUGAUGAUCUUCAGCCACCUCCUCAACCGGUUGAACAAGCGGAGAAUUGGGUUCUGCCUGCUCAAAACAGAACCAGGAGGAGAGUUGGUGGAAGAGGAAGGGGUAAUGCUGCCGGUGUAGCCAAAGGGCCCUUGGCGGCAGUACCCACAAGGCCAACGGCCGCUGGUAGAGGCCGGGGCAUUAGGUUGAUAGAUUUAGAUCCCGAACCGUGUCAGGUUCUUCCUCAGGCUGAACCUUUGGCUGCCGCUGGACCUGCUUUCAACCGAGUAGAAGUAGUGGCAGAUAAAGAUAUUGCGAUGGAGGGUCGGAGUGCUGAUAAAAUAGUCGGAGUUGAAGAAGAAGCUAGCACCACCCCUGUUCCUGAAACGGUACAAGUGGGUAAUUCUCCUGUAUAUAGGUUAGAAAGGAAAUUGGGUAAGGGCGGUUUUGGCCAAGUUUAUGUUGGCCGAAGGACAAGUGGUGGUAGUGAUAGAAUUGGACCCGAUGCAAUUGAGGUGGCCUUGAAGCUUGAGCAUCGGAACAGUAAAGGUUGCAAUUAUGGUCCACCUUAUGAGUGGCAAGUGUACAAUUCCCUAAAUGGGUGUUAUGGGAUUCCUUCUGUGCACUACAAGGGUCGCCAGGGAGACUUCUAUAUUCUUGUGAUGGAUAUGCUUGGUCCCAGUCUAUGGGAUGUUUGGAAUUCUCUAGGACAGUCGAUGUCACCAAAUAUGGCUGCAUGCAUUGCGGUGGAGGCAAUAUCAAUUCUUGAAAAGCUUCAUUUAAAGGGGUUUGUCCAUGGUGAUGUGAAGCCUGAGAAUUUUUUACUAGGGCUACCUGGAUCAGCUGAUGAGAAGAAGCUAUAUCUUAUUGAUCUUGGUUUAGCUUCGAGAUGGAAAGAUGCACAGUCUGGUCAACAUGUUGAUUAUGAUCAGAGGCCGGAUGUUUUCAGGGGAACAAUCAGGUAUGCUAGUGUGCAUGCGCAUUUGGGUCGGACUGGAAGUCGUAGAGAUGACCUUGAGUCAUUGGCAUACACAUUGAUAUUUCUAAUAAAAGGGCGGUUACCAUGGCAGGGUUAUCAGGGUGAUAACAAGAGUUUUCUGGUUUGCAAGAAAAAGAUGGCCACUUCUCCAGAGUUGAUGUGUUGCUUUUGUCCUGCCCCGUUUAAGCAGUUCCUUGAGGCUGUUACAAAUAUGAAAUUUGAUGAGGAGCCCAAUUAUGCAAAGCUUAUAUCCUUCUUUGAGAGCCUAAUUGAACCAUGCACUCCAUUGAGACCGAUAAGAAUCGAUGGAGCUCUUAAGGUUGGGCAAAAGAGAGGAAGACUGGUCAUUAAUUUAGAAGAAGACGAACAACCUAAGAAAAAAAUACGACUAGGUAGUCCUGCUACUCAGUGGAUUUCGGUUUUCAAUGCACGUUGUCCUAUGAAGCAGAGAUAUCACUACAAUGUAGCAGAUUCAAGGUUGCGCCAGCAUGUAGAAAAGGGUAAUGAAGAUGGAUUAUUUAUUAGUUGUGUGGCAUCGGCUGCUAACCUCUGGGCCUUGAUCAUGGAUGCGGGAACUGGUUUCUCGUCCCAGGUUUAUGAAUUGUCAACCGUCUUUUUGCACAAGGAUUGGAUUAUGGAGCAGUGGGAAAAGAACUACUAUAUUAGUUCAAUAGCUGGAGCAACUAAUGGAAGUUCCUUGGUUGUUAUGUCAAAAGGGACUCCUUACACUCAACAGUCAUACAAGUUGAGCGAAUCUUUUCCCUUCAAAUGGAUAAAUAAGAAGUGGAAAGAAGGCUUUCAUGUAACCUCAAUGACAACUGCCGGGAGUUGCUGGGGUGUGGUAAUGUCAAGGAACUCUGGGUUCUCCGAUCAGGUUGUGGAGCUUGACUUUUUGUAUCCAAGUGAAGGAAUACAUCGGCGAUGGGAGAGUGGUUACAGAAUAACAUCUAUGGCUGCAACCGCAGACCAAGCUGCCUUCAUACUAAGCAUUCCGAAACGAAAAAUGAUGGAUGAAACUCAGGAAACUCUGCGCACAUCCGCCUUCCCGAGCACCCAUGUAAAGGAAAAAUGGGCAAAAAAUCUGUACCUAGCAUCAGUUUGCUAUGGGCGAACUGUGUGCUAGUUCUGUGUGUUGUGGAGUGGGGUGUGUCGGAUACAAAUAUGUAUCCAGACAUGAGUAUGUUUUACUUUUGAUGUAAUUGGAGGGUCAUAUUUAUAUUUCUGUAUUCAUAUCCGAGAUGUGUCGGGUACGGGUUUCAGAUACAAUUAUUUUAAGAAAAACAAAGAGUCAUAUAGUAACAUAGCUAGUUUAACUUGCUCCAUAAAGAAGAAAUAAUGAUUCGAAGAUCAAAUUUUGAAA